ACCCAGCAUUGUGUGAUUUGGUGAAUCCACAAGAACGAGUUCAAUGUGGGCCACCAGGAGCAUCAGAGGUUGAAUGUAUAUCUAGUGGUUGCUGUUUUAAUGACUCAGUUGGAGUUCCAUGGUGCUUCAAUGUAACAGAAGCAGAAUGGACUGAAAGCAAUACGACAGUAAAAAGGACAGAAAGUACAAUAUUGGUAUCUUCAGUAGACAAUGUUACAGCAACAUACACAACAACAACUGCUUCAAAUGUACUGGACUGUGGAAGAGGGUAUGAGCCUGUAGGUCACUCUGAGUGUGUUCCUUGUCAACGUGGAUUCUACAAGGACAGUGUUGGGAAGCAUCCAUGCACAAGAUGUCCUGUGGACAGAUAUGGGAUAUAUGCAUUAUCUUAUCCUGGGGCAAAGCAUAUAUCGAAUUGCACAUUUACUCCUUACAUAGCAUACAUUUAUCCAAACUUUGGACCAAAGGCAGGAGGAACCACAAUAAAUUUAGAACUGCAGCAUGCCAGAUUGGAUACAACAUCAGUUAUGAUUGAUGCAGUGGGCAGACCAUGUAAUAUCACAAGUGAUACGACUCUGUCAGACAACAUGACAUCUAUAGUUACCUGUGCUACACAAUCGUCAGUGAUCAGUCAAGGAAAUAUUACAGUUUAUCUGGAUUAUGGAAUAGAAAUCAACGCUCUUGACAAUGUGAACAGAACAUAUGCUUACAUGGAGAACCCAGUGGUAACUGACAUGCUGAACAACAGAGCCCCAGUCAGUGGUGGAGUUAACAUAAGGAUAAUUGGGAAUUUUCUCACAUCUGUCAGUGAUCCUGAGAUGACUGUGAAAAUCCAAUAUGAAGAUACAUUUGUUAACACAGAUAUUAAGCAGGUCUGCACUCCUCAGAAUUUGACAUUGAUGACAUGCCCAGUGCCAGACCUUAGUGAAGUUGUCAUGAGAAUAGCAAAUGAAACUGGAGAAAAUAUCACAACAACACUUCAAAAAACAAACUUUUGGAGUGGACUUCAACUAGAUGGUGUCAAGUCCUUUAACAAUCUGACAGAAGCUCUCCCUAAUAACACCAAUACCAAAUUACAGAUUUUUCCAGACCUUGAACUUGGCAAAAUGAAAGAAAUAUUUUACGCCAACACUUGGUUUCGGAUAAUGACAUUAUCAAUACCGGUGAUAACUCCCUCUGGGGGUGUAACUGCAGAAGAUAUGCGUGUCAAAGUUGGUGAUGGAGAGUGUGAAGUACAACUGCUCACUGCAAAAGAGCUGUUAUGUAAGCUACCUGAAGAACAACCAGGAUAUGGAGAACUUGAAGCAGGACCAAAUUUCUCACUUUUCACAUUGGCACAAGUUGGUGAAAUUGGAAGAAAAUAUUCAGUUGGCCAUGUCAUUUAUGUGCCCAUGGUUUGGAUCAUAUCUUUGUCAGCUGCUGCAUUUGUUAUCUUAGUUGUGGUAACAGUAUGCAUUGUAAGAAGAUGUCGCAAAAUACUAAAUAAGUCCAAAGCAACAGAGUUUAUUAACAUGGCAGUUUUGGGGGAUGAUGGGGAAUAUGUGGACAGUCGUAUUAAGUUAUCAGCCCUUGAUGAUACAUUAGUAACUAUGCUUGGAAAAAGAAAGCUGGAAUACAAAGACAUUGAGAUCGAAGAAAUUCUGGGCCAAGGUCAGUUUGGUGUAGUGUACAAAGGAGUUGCACAAGAUCAAGCAGUAGCCAUAAAGACUAUCAAAAAGUCAAAUUGCUCUGAAAAUGAUCUCUCAGACUUCAUGAAGGAGGCUUUGGUUAUGAAGGAUUUUGAGCAUCCCAAUGUUCUAAACCUCAUUGGAGUAGCCCUUGACAAAGAUAUCCCAUAUGUUGUUCUCCCUCAUAUGGCUAACAAAGAUUUAAAGACAUAUGUAAGAGAUGAAAAGCAGGUAUUUACUAUGAGGGACUUGUUCAAUUUCUGUCUUCAAGUAGCCAGUGGGAUGGAAUAUCUUGCUUUUAAAAGAUUUGUGCAUAGGGAUUUAGCAGCCAGAAACUGUAUGGUGUCAUCAGACUUGACCAUUAAGAUAGCGGACUUUGGUCUGUCAAGGGACAUCUAUUCUGAUACCUACUAUAUGGACACAACCCUAUCUCGCCCACUUCCUGUCAGGUGGUUGGCUCCCGAAAGUCUGAGGGAUGGGAAAUAUAGCAGCAUGUCUGAUGUGUGGUCUUAUGGUGUUCUUAUGUGGGAGGUGUUCACUAGAGGUGGGACACCAUAUGCUCAUGUGGAUUCAUAUGCUAUAAAGUCAUAUGUGUUAUCAGGACAUCGUCUAGAUAAACCAGCACGUCUUCCAAGUGAAAUAUAUCAAAUCAUGUGGAACUGCUGGAACAAUGACCCACAUGCAAGACCCAGAUUUGCUCAUAUUGUACAAAAGGAAACAGAUAUCCUAAAAGCAAAUGAGAAACACUGCCAAGCACCACAAACAUCUACAAGCAUGCAAAGAAGUGUUACUGAGGGUAAAGAGUCUGAAGGGAUAAAUCAUGCAUAUGGACAUUCACCGGUUCAAAUUUAUAAUCAGCCAAGCUAUGUCAAUAUGAAUGUGGAAAAUGAUGAUGGUUAUGUGUAAUGACUAUAUAAAAAUGCAUGGACAUCAGGAUGAUGAUUUGAUGUCAGUAUAUAAAACUUGUUGAAUUAAUGAAGUCCAUACCAAAUUACAAAGGCUUGUGUAUUUGAAAUUGUGCUUCCAUAUCAUUAUUAUCAUAA